UAUGCGGAAGCAGUUGAAUUGCGUCAGCUAGAGCUCCGCUUCCUAGCGUGUCUCAACGUAGAGAAAAGGCCAUCAUGACUCGUGGGCAGCAGAAGAUUCAGUCUCAACAGAAGAACGCCAAGAAAGCAGCUGAGAAGAAGAAAGGUCAAGGAGCAGAUCAGAAGACUGCAGCCAAAGCAGCUUUGGUGCACACAUGUCCUGUCUGCAGGACACAGAUGCCAGACCCCAAGACGUUUAAACAGCAUUUUGAAAGCAAACACCCAAAGUCUCCAAUGCCUCCUGAGCUCAUGGAUGUUCAAGCUUAAAGGACACAAGCAAUUAACAUGGACCUAAAACAGGGACCCUGUGGUAAGAGACAUGACUCAACUCGCUGUAUUACACAAACAUUGACCAUGGCAGAUGUGGACAGGAUGACGAGAUCUUAAGAGUGUACUCAAGCACACCAGCACUCAUUUGUUUUUUUUAAAUAUUUGAUAUGUGCAUAUUGCCUCCAUCUUCUCCAAGUGUGCAGUGUGACCUAACAGCCUCUCAUUGCCAUGUGCUGUAACUCUUAAUUUAUUCACCACUAAUGACAAACCAUCUUAUCCCUCGCCCUGUGGAUUUGUCCUUGUAGAAUGAUUUUUAGAAUAUUAUUAGGUGCUCUCCACCAUAUUUUCUAAAAGAUGCCUGUAAAUGCCUUGAUCUUUUAACUGUGAAACUAUAUUGAGAGUUGCACCUGUGUGCAUUAUUAAUAAUAGUGACCAGGAUUGGGAUUGAAUUGCAUUGAUUGCUUGAAAUGAUCACAAAUGCGAUUAGAAAUGUACCCGUUAAAGUAGACAGAACAAUAUGAUGUUGAAUCAGUGCCCAUGCUUUUCUUACAUUCUUUUCUAAAGUUUUCAAUAAAUGUAUAUGCAUAUAAUCAACAUCUGUAUCAUUAUGACUCACAAGAACAUCUACAGAAAUUGAACAUUUGGAAACUUUAUGAUUUUUUUUGUUGUUAGAAAUUAUGAAGUUCAGUGAUUCUAGAACGCAUUACUUGAUUGUAACAGCAUGAUAAUUGUGAAACCAAACGGAAAUAUGUGCAUAUGCGAGGCACAGCUAUGAUGUUAUCAGUUACAAUCACUAAAUUCACUGUGAAAAUCAACAACCUUUCAGCAUUGAAUUCAUUUCACACAAUGUCCAAGCAAGCUUUAAGAUAUUGUCAACAAAUGCU